CUCCGACUCUCCGUUGUCUUCCUCUUCGUUUCCUCUGCUUCCCUUGUUUGAAAUUCUGUCUAAUCCCUAGAAUCAGUCAAACCCCAAUUUUAGAUGGGAGCUGAAUUGUUCUAUCCUCCAAACCAAACCAGGUACAUAGAACAAUCUUAAUGGCGUUACAGCCGGCUGGCUCCCCAAGAUUCGACACUUCCAUCCUAGGUUCUCUGCAGGCUGAGGAACUCAUGGAAGCAAGUCCUCUGCUCUACUUAGAAUUGCUGAAAGCAACCUCGAGAGGUGAUUGGGAAACUGCAGAGAGGAUUUUCAAUGGCGAUCCUUCAGCACGAACAGCUAGAAUCAACGCUCAGCAAGACACUCCUCUACAUGUUGCAGUGUUCAAUAACAGCCCCCAAUAUCUGGGUUUCGUGCGAAGAUUGGUGGAAGAUGUAGUACCGGAAGAUGCACUGGGACUGACGAAUGCACUUGGUGACUCUGCCCUGCACAGUGCAGCCAUUGUCGGGAACACCGGGGCCGCAAAGCUUUUAGCCUCAAAGGCGCCAAGAUUGUUGCAGCUACGGAAUGAUAGAUUGGACGACCUCCCGAUUCAUUCCGCGGCCAGGUACUGCCACGCGGACAUCGUCCGUUACCUGUUAUCAGUUAUGGCCAAUGACACUUCAUUUAGCGGCCAAGAUGGUGUCAAACUCGUUAAUCUCCUCAUAUAUAGUGAUCUCUAUGGACUUGCUGUUGAUGCGCUGAGGAUGUUCCCUAGGUUUGCUAGGGAGCAAGAAUUGCAUCGUGGUCAUGGCGAAACUGCUAUACUCGCAUUGGCGGGAAGGUCCCAAGCUUUUCUUAGUCGGCAGAAUAUGAUUGGACCUGCUGGUCUGGUAGGUUCUUUGCUGCAUCAAAUGAGGCGAACGUUUUACUAUAAUGUUUAUCUCCUGCCUGUUACUGGAAGUAGUCUCAUGAGUAGUGAUGGAGAUGACGCUAUGGAGCUGCUGACAUUGUUGAUCUCUGAAGCCUUGAAGGCAGGCACAGCAGCUGAAGUUGAGAGCCUACUGAAGCCUCCAAUGCUGCUUGCUGCUGAAUCCGGGGUUUACGAGGUGGUGAUAGAGAUUAUCAAGGCGUAUCCGGUUUCAACCUGUUUUGUGGACUCGCGUGGCCGUACAGUCUUCCACCUGGGGGUACUUUAUCGUCGGGCGAAGGUCUUCAACAUCUUCUAUCAAUUGACCACAGCGAGCAAGAACUUGGUUGCAGCCUUGGUUGACGAUCGUGGCAAUAACUUACUGCACUUGGCUGGGAUGUAUGGGGAAGACCAGGUUGCCGAGCAUGAUCUCGGAGUCUACCGUGAACUACAAUGGUUCUAUGAAGUAGCAAAGGUGGUUCCGCGAUCAUAUCGAGAAAUGAUCAAUGACGACCGGAUGACCCCGGGAGAGCUUUUCGACGAGCAGCAGCGUCAGCGAAUGGAGAAGGGACAAAGACGGAUGCAGGACACAGCUGGAUCGUUUUCGUUUGUGGCUGCACUUGUGGUGACAGUAUCUUUCGCGGCGGUUUUCACCUUCCCUGGAGGAGCGAACGACAAUGGGAUCCCGCAUUACAUCAACAAGCCGUCUUUCAUGGUGUUCAUGGUGGCGAACGCUCUGGCAUUCUUCUCUUCGUCCACUUCGCUGCUCAUGGUGCUGUCUUUCAUGUCCUCCAAGUAUUCGGCCCAUCAUUAUCCGAGCUCGGUCAUGGAGAGCUGCCUUUUGACUCUCGCCUUAUCAAUAGCGGCCAUGUUGGUUGCCUUCGCUGCAUCGCUGCACAUUGUUCUCUACCAGAAGGUGAGCUGGAUUAUGGCUCCGAUUGGGGUUGUGGCCUUCGUGCCUGCAAGUAUGAUUUUGUUUUGGUUGGUUCCUCCACUGCUCAGCGGGCUCAUCUCAGCAUACGGACCUAACGUCCUUGGGACACGGCAUAGUGAUGAAGUUAUUGCAUGAUGAUAUUAAUUAGUGAUGACGUUAUUGCAUCAUGAUUACCCUAAAGGUAAGCCCAUUUUAUAAUAGCUAGAUGACCGAUGUAGACGGAACAAUGAACCUUGUAUGUAGUUAAUCUCAGUGGUGAAGGAAGAGCAAGAAUCAUCUUUGAGGAUCCACCAGCCGCCCUAGACCCAAAUCAGGCUCUGAUACCACUUGUCAUAAUCCGGGAGCUCAAUUAGUAUGAUAUUGUCUGCUUUGGGUAAAGCCCGCACGGUUUUACUUUUGGGUGACCUCUUCAAAAGGCCUCAUACCAAUGGGCUUGGUGGACACUGAUAUACAAGGGUUUCUUCCCUUGUAUUACCGACUUGGUACUUGGAUUGUCCCACAAUAGUUACAUUGCAACCAUGAUCUAGCAAGUCCAGUUUUCGCACUUUAGGACUUGUCUAAGGUUCCGUUUAACUCCUUUUUCUCGAUUUGUGUAGAAAGAGUGCAUUAUGUGGUGUCGGAAGCUCUACUCAUGCU